AUGUCUUUGUUUUCCACCAGCCGCUUCUUCUGCAGUCCGUCUGGAAACAGGAGCAACAGAGGCACGCGGGCAAUGGGGGCCUCUGCUGAGACCAAAGUUGAGUUCAAGACCCGAGGAAUAAACAGAAUGGAUGAGACAUUGGUCAAACAUCAGAUCCAACAGAAUAAUACAAGUCUGGACCAAUCAGAAUGCGUCGUCACACAGCCGGCAGCCAAUGGACUCCUGCCUCAUGUAAGCACAGCACAGGCCCCACCCCGUCCCCAUUACAAUUCGAAAGACUGUGACGUAAGCACCGGAGGCUCUGUGACAGACAGCUUAUCCUCCAAUGACAAUGCUCAACUCCUUCCAAGCUCCUCCCCCUGCUCCCAAUCACAGACAGCCAACAGUUGUGAGGACAACAACGGAAACCACGUUUCCCCAGAGUCAGACCAUCACCAUCAAACUGGGUCUAACCAGAAGGAGACAAGCCCCGCCCACAUCAAACAAGCAGCAGGAGGAGACUGCUGCGUCCACUGCCUGCUGGCCUGUCUGUUUUGUGAGCUCCCUUCUCUGUGCUCAGCUCUGGUUCAGUGUCUGCUCUGUGGAGGGGGCGCGGCCUGGCCCAGUCCCAACUCUGUUCCCCUCGCCUCCUGCUGUCCUCAGUUUCUCUGCAGGAAAUGUGUGAGGAAGUUCCCAACUGAUGAGAUCCAGAGAGGAGACAUGAGCUGA